AGUCUUUUAACACAUGGCUGCGUGUUCUGAUUGAUGGCUCGAGCCGGCAAGAUGGACGCCACAUUCCAUGCGGAAAACAAAUGGCAUGCAUGCAUAGCCAGGCGCAGCUAAUCCCGGACAUGGGGUUUUCGAGUCCUCGAGUCGAAUACGAUGGAUUCAGACUCGAGGACAGGGUUGAUAAUGCUGAUUUCGAUAUCGGAACUGGAUUGAUGAGAUGCCAUAAGCGCCCUGAUGCUCCGUGGCGUUCUCUUAAUCUCACACGGCGCCAAGUAGGGAGACAACAAGAUGACCUGUCGUGUAAGCUGAAUGUCAACCAACAUCAAAACAGAGGCAGGUGCAUGAGG